GUGUGUGUGUAGGACUUCAGCUGAAUUUGAAGGAGAAUAUUAAUAGCUUGUGAUGUUUUCAGAUGAAAUUCCUAAGUGCAGCGGUACUUGUGGCCGUUGUGGCAUCCACAUCGGCCGUGUCCUUUUUCUCUGUUGUCCUGGAGGAAUGGGAAGCUUUCAAGCUUGAGCAUGGCAAGAAGUAUGACUCAGAGGUCGAGGAGUCAUUCCGCAUGAAGAUCUUCACAGAGAACAAGCACAAGAUUGCCAACCACAACAAGGGCUAUUCGCAAGGACACCACACUUACAAACUCAGUAUGAACAAAUAUGGAGAUAUGCUCCACCAUGAGUUCAUCUCGACCAUGAACGGCUUCCGUGGAAACCACACUGGGGGUUACAAGAGCAACCGGCCUUACACCGGAGCCACCUUCAUUGAGCCUGAUAAUGACGUGCAGCUUCCCAAGAAUGUUGACUGGAGGACCAAGGGAGCCGUCACACCUAUCAAGGACCAGGGCCAGUGUGGCUCCUGCUGGGCUUUCUCUGCUACUGGUGCCUUGGAGGGCCAGACAUUCCGCAAGACUGGUCAGCUGGUGAGCCUCUCAGAGCAGAACCUGGUGGACUGCUCUCGCAAGUUUGGCAACAAUGGCUGCAAUGGUGGACUCAUGGACAAUGCCUUCGAGUAUGUCAAGGAGAAUGGCGGUAUCGACACCGAGGAUAGCUACCCCUAUGAUGGAGAGGAUGAGAAAUGCCAUUACAAUCCUGGAGCUGCUGGUGCCGAGGACAAGGGCUUUGUUGAUGUGCGUGAGGGAAGUGAACAUGCCCUGAAGAAGGCCGUUGCGACAGUUGGCCCAGUGUCUGUGGCUAUUGACGCAUCUCACGAGUCAUUCCAGUUCUACAGCCAUGGUGUGUACAUUGAACCAGAAUGCUCCCCUGAGAUGCUCGACCAUGGUGUCCUUGUUGUUGGCUACGGCAUUGAUGACGAUGGCACAGAUUACUGGUUGGUAAAGAACUCCUGGGGUACAAGCUGGGGUGAUCAGGGCUACGUCAAGAUGGCCCGCAACCGUGACAACCAGUGUGGCAUUGCCUCCUCCGCCUCCUUCCCUCUUGUCUAAAGAGUGAAAAAACCAAAAGAUCAUGAAGCUACAGUUAAUGUUUACCCUAGAUCAUUUUCUUUCCCUUUAUCUGGUGGGUUUUGCUCUCAGUACAUACAGCAAGUAAUACUUCUGAAUUCUGAGCACUAGUUCUUGUCUUGCAUGAGUUCUAUAUACAGAGAGCACUGUAUUGAAAGGAGAGGAAGAAAAACCCUUACAGAAAACUUUUAAUUGUCAUCACCAUCAUUUAACACUAGUUGUCUUGUAAGUCAGAUAAAAAGAAUUUCACCAUUUGGCCAGGCAUCUUUCCCAGGAGUGAAUGUUUUUUAAUUCGCUUGCUCCCUUCAUGUGACAAACAGGUUAGGACUUUUUAUUUUUAUAAGAAUUGUCUUGUGUCAUAGCAUCCUAGGAGUGUGAAUCUUCACUGUUCAUUAUUUCAUACCUGGAAGCGUUAAUGUGUUCAUGUAUGCAUUUACUUGGCUGCCUCACUUGUGGGGGAAAGGCUCAAUAGCUACAAGGUUGUGUGGGAGUGGCAGUCGCUGUACCUCUGACCACCAGAUGAAAGGAUCUGUCUCCCGUUAGUUUCCUCAUUGUAUUAAUAGGGGUGUGUCUUGGGCCUUUUCAAUUAGCUGUCAAUAUCUUGCAAGGUGUCAUAGUUACGAUUUUAGAAAGGAAAUGUCUUUGAUUCAGGAAAUUUGGACAGGAGGAGUUGUGUAUCAGGGAGUACACACCUGUGAUGAUAAAAUCUGCUAUGUAGUUUUUCUUAAUAAAUAUUUAAAAGUUA